AUGGCGCAUCAAAUAUCGACUGUACCGGAGCAUCCGCAUUACCCUCUCCCUAGAAGCCAGGCACUCCUCGGCGGAGCGAGUGUAGCAUCUUCGAGCACAGCGCCUUCGUUAUCUCCACAGAGGACAGGUCUCAACCUUCCAAGAAUCCCAGAGUUGGACGCAGGCCCCAUUGGCCGUGAGAGACGCCAACGCCAUGUGGUAGGAAGACCCAGCAACAGUGCCGACACGCCAAGGUUUCUCAUCACUAAGGAAAUGAAAGAAGCCGCCUCGAUCCUGAUGAAAAUGAGGGCAAACGAAGCGGUCGCCAUCCCCGACGCAGAUGUCAGCGUGCUGCCAAACGGAGGAAGCCAUCAUACCUCGUCAUCCACAGAGGCAACCAGGGAGUCGAGAGCUCAGUCUAUGGCUGCAACGAUCUCUUCGCAAGGCACAAUCCCUCCGGAACCUACGUCUCCACCUCAGCAAGCACCCGAAACAGGCAAGAAGAGGAAGGCGACCAGCCCGAAGAAGAGCUCCAGCAAGCCAAAACGUGCCCGAAAGGAUGACACUCCAGAACGCAACAAUCCAGCCACUCCAACGUUCGGACCUGUCGAGUGGGAGCGCAGUCGUCUGCCAAUUGAGGGGACGGGCCUUAAAGGUUUGACACCGAGCGCCCCGCCACUCGCGACCCCGACAAGGCUUUCGAACAGCGAGAAGCCGCCCGUACCACUGUCUGAGAAGAGAAUGCGGUUGUGGGAUGAGUUGCGCACUCAGGAGGAGGAGUCUGAUUGA